UUGAGAAAGAAGAUUUCUGUGAGAAAUUUUCUCAGACAACCAAACAUUUCUAAGAUGUGUGCUGUAUAAGUAAUCAUCUGUUUCCUUCAAAAUAGUUUUGAAAAAUAUCAUUUGAUAUAAUUAAGAAUAUUCAGCUUCUUGCCCUUUUCCCACUCUUACGUAGUUGACAAAGAUCUAGAAGAUUAAACAUUAUGCUGCAGAGUAAUACAUAUAUACGUGCGUCCACAAAUCUUACAAGGUACAAAAAUCAUUAGAAACUAUGCCCAACCAUGUUCACUACUCGGUCGUUUUCUUUCUUGGUCUCGUUUCCUUCAUCACAUGUUUUGUAGCCGAGUUCAAGAGAACAAAGAAAGAAGAUAUUCGAUGGGACACAGAGAGGAACUGUUAUAUACCGGGGAGCCAUGCUUUUUGGCUCGGAAUAGUCGCUGUUCUUUGCUUCUGUAUUGCUCAGAUCGUUGGAAACUUAGUUGUCUUUAAUCACAGCACAGGAAUCAAAAGAGAAGAUGGUUGCAAGAUUAAUAAUCUUACUUUACCCACUGUUCUUUUGAUUCUCUCCUGGUCAAAUUUUGUGGUUGUGGUGUUGCUUCUGAGUACUGCAAUAAGCAUGAGCCGAGCGCAGCCUUUCGGAGUAGGAUGGCUUGAAGAAGAUUGUUACCUUGUCAAAGACGGUGUCUUUGCAGCCUCAGGUUGCUUAGCCAUCCUUGGAUUAGGAGCCUUGACUAUAUCAGCCACUAAGAACAAAGUAAAGAAGCGACAGCAACAACUUGUGGCAGUUGUAAUCAAAGACCAAGACCAAAAACUAACAAAAUCAGAAGAAAAAAAGCAGAACCAUGAUGAUCACCAAACUAACAAGUCAGAAACUGUCAUUUAUUUUGUGGAAGAAGCACCUUCCACUGCUGACAGGAUAUAAAUAAAAAGAAUCAAAAAAGAGAAUUUACUAGUUUUAAUAUUUACAAAGUUGUAUAUGAUGGAUAAUUAGUGUCUUUAUAUUGGAAAUGUUGGUGGACAACAACACCGCACAAGCACACUAAAUGUUGAUCACUUUAGGAUCCAUAAAGAGUCAGUUUCAA